AUGCUGAAUCCACGCCGCGCCUUCAUUGCUGCGGCAUUCCUGUUAACCGUCUUUUUCCUCGUCUCCCGAUCACACACUUCUUCCGGCCCUAGCGCUCCCAGCUCAUCCGAGAAGCAUGACACAGAGACAGAGGCCGCAGCGGCAGCGGCUGCAGCCGCCAGCCAGCAACGAGCGGUCCCGCCGCCUCCUCCGCAGAAGCCCAUGAUUGACAUGUCGGGCAUGUCUACAUACGAGAAGCUCGACUACACAUAUUCCUACGACAUCGAAUCCAAGUUCCCCGCCUACAUCUGGCAAACAUGGAAGCACACUCCCGGCGAUGGCGAGUUCGAGUUCCGCGAGCAGGAGGCUUCGUGGUCAAUUGAGCACCCAGGCUUCAUCCACGAGGUCAUCACCGACUCUGUUGCCGCCACUCUGCUCCAGCUGCUGUAUGCGAGCAUCCCCGAGGUGCUGGAGACAUAUCACGCUCUGCCAUUGCCCGUCCUCAAGGCCGACUUCUUCCGCUACCUCAUUCUGUACGCGCGCGGCGGCAUCUACUCUGACAUUGAUACCUACGCUAUACGCAGUGCCCUUGAAUGGAUUCCCGCGCAGAUUCCCAAGGAGACUGUUGGCUUGGUUAUUGGCAUCGAGGCGGACCCCGAUCGCGCCGAUUGGGCUGACUGGUACAGCCGUCGCAUCCAAUUCUGCCAAUGGACCAUCCAAGCCAAGCCCGGCCAUCCCGUGCUGCGCGACAUCAUUAGCCGGAUUACCAACUCGACGCUGGCUUUGAAGAAGGCCGGCAAGCUCUCGAGCUUCAAGGGCAACAACGUUGUGGACUUGACUGGACCAGCCGUCUGGACGGACACCAUCAUGGACUACUUCAACGACGAGCGCUUCUUCGAUAUGGAGCAUAGCAAGGGCAAGAUUGACUAUCGCAACUUUACUGGCAUGGAGACGAGCAAGCGCGUUGGAGACGUUGUGGUUCUGCCCAUCACAAGCUUCUCGCCUGGUGUUGGCCAGAUGGGUGCUAAGGAUUAUGAUGAUCCUAUGGCGUUUGUAAAACACGAUUUUGAGGGAACAUGGAAGCCCGAAAGCGAAAGACACAUUGGCGAAGUCCAACAGGAGCUUGGCGGAUUGGUGGAAGACGGACAGCAACAAUAA